CCCUUUCGCACCGGCCGCGUGAGAGGCCGUUUUCACGCUGGCGUUGUUCGUAAUACCGCUCGGCCCGUGGGCCGAGGAGCAGGUGGUGCCGGACGGGAUGGGCACCGACUCGGAGCCCCCGGUCGGUCCGCACCUACUCUCGCUGGCGGACGUGGGAGCCCUCGGCUUCGACUGUGCGCUUAAGCCGGCGCCGGCGCUGACGACUGGCGGCGCCCCGGCCGACCUCAACACACCCGUCACCACAUCGGAUCUUCCCGCUUUCUUCCCGAAUCUGCUCGAGCCUCCGCCUAUAUCAGGUACACUACCAGGCGAUGAGUUGUCUUUGGGCUGUUCGCCGCGGCGUCAUAAGCAUGAAUCCUCCUUAUCUCCAGGCGCGCGCGCUGAAGACGCCAGUAAUGCGUCGAGCGCAAGCACUUCGCUCUACGCGCCUAUGGGCAGCAAACGCGCACCUUCGCCACCUUUACAGUGGCUGCUACCAUCAGGUCCCGGUCCAGGUAGCAUGGAUAAAUAUUUUCAACAAGAGUAUGAAGAACGUGUUGAAUUGCUCCCUCCUGAAUGCCAGCCUUCUUAUUGUCCGCCGCCACAACCUUGUCCACAGCAGCACUGCGAAUAUCGUCCCCAACCACAGCCUCAACCCCAACACUCGUGGGAAACACAAGAAUAUGCUAGCGCACCUCAACCGGCUCCUGGACCUUCAGGAAUACCCAAAAGAGAGCCUUAUCCCAGUCCGGCCGGCGACAGACCCGUUCAAUUGGCUGAAUUCAACCAAGCAACGAGUAAAGGUCAUGAAAUCCUUUCUCAAGUUUAUCAGCAGAGCGCUCAGCCACUUCGACUAGUCCCGGUUAAACCUCGCAAGUACCCAAAUCGUCCGAGCAAAACACCCGUUCACGAAAGGCCCUACGCAUGUCCCGUAGAAGGAUGCGAUCGCAGAUUUUCACGAUCUGACGAACUGACUAGGCAUAUCCGCAUUCACACGGGGCAAAAACCGUUCCAGUGCCGCAUUUGCAUGCGUUCGUUCAGUCGAUCAGACCAUUUAACGACGCACGUGAGAACACACACGGGUGAAAAGCCGUUCGCCUGCGAUGUAUGCGGGCGUAAAUUCGCAAGAUCGGAUGAGAAGAAACGUCACGCAAAGGUGCAUUUGAAGCAACGACUGAAAAGGGAGCGCGGCGGAGGCGGGCCGGCGCACCCGCACGAGCCGCACCCGCACCCGUCGCUCUAGCGCCCUCUCG